AUGAACAAUCCAUCUCAGACUAUUUAUAUCAAGGGUACUAGAAGGGCUAGCAUGCCUUGUAUUAUUAAUGAUUUUACAAUAAUAAAUCCUCAUGAAACAGAUCAUCAUAAAUCUAUGCUUGACCUGGUGGAUGAUGACAGAAACCAUGACAAUAAUUACGUGGAAAGUGCCAACUUUUCAUAUCCCUCCGCGGUGUGUACCGAUAUUAUAGACCCGAACAUUCGAAUCUGUGUCAACGGAGUAACAGUAGACAGUUCGACAGAUUAUUCUACCAGUAACCAUAGUGAUCAGAGCGUUAAUGAUAUUAAAUAUAUAAAUAAAUCUAUUUCUCGAAUUCAAAAUGAUGAAGCGAAAGUUCGGAGAAGAAGUUGGUGUCCCAAUACGACUAGUUUAGAAGAAGAAGACGAAGAUUCCAAGGAUCAUUCCACGAGAGUUCGUAUGCUCGCUCUGACAGGAAAAAGAUUAAAAAACAACAUUACAACAGAAUUGAUUACAGUUGAAUUAUUAUCUAUAUGUAGUUGUAGAAACAAGUAUGAGCCUGAACAGUCUCAUGGUGACGAUGGUUCAGAUGAAGAAGAUUAUCAAGACGCACGAGAACAAGCCACACCAAGUUUAUCACGUAUAAAACUUGGUGAAAUGAACAAACCAGUAGAUUUUUCGACUACUGCAGAUUAUCCAGGGUCCGGUCCAACAGUUGAAGAUAUGCCAGAUGCCAGUUCGUAUUUUGCCCGUUUAUUGACAGAAGGAGCAGUUUCGGGACCCAUGAAAUCGGAGGAACAACCUUCAGAUCCAGUUUAUAAACGUUCUAAUUCAGAGGUGGAGGAGACGGCAACUAAAGAAGUAACAUUUCGAACGUAUUCAGUGGAAGCCAGUAAAUCUCGUAAUUCUUACGAUGAAGCUGAUAGCAGCUGUUUGAACAUCCCACAUUCCAGUAUGACAAAAUCUAUUUCAACUCCAUCAAUACCAGCAGCAGGACAGAAAACAACAGAAGAUAGAAAGAGCAGUUUGAGACGAGAAGCAAAUCGUGAAGGAAAGCAUGCGUUAUUUCGCCGUCAACGUGAAGUAGAAGAAUUUGAUGAAGAUUCAGUAACGUCCAAUAAAAAGGCUUCAAUUUCUUUACAAGAUUUUCUUAAUGAAGAGUUGAAACGCUCUCCCUCUCCAGACAGCGAUGAUAAAAAUAAACAAACGAAGAAAGAGGAGGGAAAGAAACGGAAAACAAGCGUUUUCUCUCGGAUUAGCUACAGAAAUAAAAAGAAAGAAAAGGAGAACAAAGUCAAAAAUACAUCAACUCAUCAGUUUGUCUCAAUCUGCUACAGUAACAACACCGCCUGUCAUGUCUGUCAUAAAACCAUGGCCAAUAAACCAGCCUUAAAAUGUGAAAAUUGUUUGAUCAACGUCCAUGAGAACAACUGCCAAGACCAGAUUAUGCCGUGUGAUAAAAACAGAAUGGUCAAGUUUAAACUUUCAGAACAAGUCUGCUAA